UUAUUAAAGCUAAGAGUGRAGUGUUUUUGAGAGUAUGACAUCCAAAGAGGAUKAUUUCAACCGUAAUCUGUCUCUACAUAAGGCUGUCUUCAGCGGACAGAUAGAAACUGUCGAAAAGUUGUUGCAGAAGAUGAAUGAAAAAGAUGUCAACCGUCAGGACAUUCACGGAAACACUGCACUACUUAUAGCUAUCAUGAAAGGCAAUCACCGGUGCGUUGAACUAUUGUUGAAAAGCGGUGCACUGACCACUGCCCGCAAUGAACUCAAUUGGGCGUCUUUUAAUGAGGCCAUCAGCUAUGGACACAUACCGACUAUUAAGAUAUUGAACGACGCGAUCUCUAACCGAAUAUUUCGAUUUCUAAAACGAGAAAAUCUAUACAAACUUGUCGAUAGUAUUAAAGACGACUUURAGUUAAGUUUUGAUUUCCAAAUCAAAGACUUGAAUCCGGACGCCAUCACUGGUCCKCCAGAGUUCAAGUUUUUGGUCAACAAAAAGGGUCUCAGAAUUAGAGUCGAUGUGCAAACAACUGAUACAUUUCACACAAAACAUGAAGAAUUUCAUUUAAUCUUCAAUUUGAACCAAACGAGUGACACAUUUGUAAAUAUAAUGGUCGGCGAAAAUAUUCCGGUUUACCAAAGGGUUACUUAUGAUGACUGGAAUGGUGUUAUCAAUCAGAUAUUUAGUGGCGUUACUGCUGAUGAAGAGAUAAGAAGUUUGUUACAGAAGGAGAAUAUAUGCGUUAAGUUGGAUAUAACAACUCAGACGACAACACAACAUACGAAAGUACCCAUCUUUAAGAAAAUGGUCACCAAAAAGGUUGGCAAAUAUAGCACUAAUGUGUUUGAAUCGUUAGCCAUUGAAUUAACAACUAAGACACGAACCGAGCAUAUGAUAAACCGCGAAAACAGCGCAAAUAAUGUAAUUGAAUCGUUAGCACCGCCGCCGCCGUUGGCCCGACAUAUCAGUUGGGAAGAAUACAUCAAUUCACCGAAAGGUCAGUGGCCUCACUUUGGACGACAAAAAAUAGAGAAAUCCGAAGCCAAACGUGUGUCCAUUGUUGUCGGUUUGACCGAUGAAAUUAGUUUCCAAUGGAAAUGGAUAGUCAAAGAAGCGGAACAAUUGCUUAGUCAACAGUUGAUCGCAUUUAUCACUCGACUGAUCGAUGAUUUGCCGAAAGGAUUUCCAGUAUUCAUCGACUAUCCACUCAAACAAAACGUUUACAUGAAAUGGAAACUCAAGUCAUUUGAUCUCAAAUCAGACUUCGAGGAAUCGUUGUUUGAUAUUCCAUCUAAUUUUGAACAAAGAGUUAUCUUUCGUGUAGAAAGAAAUGUUUAAAACAAUUAAUAUCAAUAUUUAUUUGCUAU